AUUCUCCAUUUUGAAAAACGGGUUUAGGAUCCUAAUAUAUUGCAACUACAGUAUUUUAGGGAAUUACAUAAAAGGCUACAAAGAAAAUGAAUCUGAUUCGAAACUCGAUUUUUCUCUUGGUGAUUGCGGCGCUACUAUGCGUGUCCUGUUAUGCUCAAACAACGGAUUCGGGAGUCACUGAUUCCGGUACAGAUGACACUGCCACAGAUGGUGACACAACCCCUGCCCCAACAGCUGCUCCAGCCACCAACCCACCUGCCACCGAUCCGCCAACAACUGAAGAUUCGGAUAACUCAGCAGGCGAACCUGAUGCUACAACUCCAAGCGGAGCGGUCGUCCUCCAUAAAGUUCCACUGACUAUUGCAACCGUUACAUUUGCAGCGAUAGCAUCUUACAUUAUAGCCUAAAUGUUUGCUGAUCUGUUUCAACGAAUGACGAAUUCUACAAAACUUGUAAAAGCUGAAUAAAUUUCCCCUUUUUGUUGCAUUACUUGUUAAAUUCUCUUUUUUAAAACGAUCUUUCUGAAAUACACAUUACAAAAAUAAAUGACGUUUCAGCUAA